CCUUGCCAUGGAGAGAGGGAGAGGGAGAGAGACGUCCAACAUCAUCCAUCACGCACGCACCCCAUGGCAGCUUUUGCCGACUUUUCGCGUGUCGCCAUUCUGCCACACCGUCUUCUCCAUAUCCACUUGCCCUUGCCGAUAUCGCUCCAUCCAUCUCCUCAUCGAUGUCCAGCGGCUCAUCCUCCAACGCUCGACCUCACAAGCCUCCCGUGUUCCAUGAACCACCCCGUGCUGAUGGAGCUCGCGCUGCGAAUGCCAGCAGCAGCAGCAGCAAUGGUCUGGCCUUGAAUCGAUCUUCAAGCAGGAGUCGGCCCGCCACAUUGACGCGCAACCCUUCCAGAAAAGAUUAUCACAAUCAUGAGGUCAACGGUGGCGCGGAUCCCGAAUUUGGACACUUGAGCAGAUCUGGUACGCACGAGAGCACCUUUGGUCCAAAGCGCUCACGCUCGCGCUCGCAGUCUCGAGGUGCAACAACUCACACGUCGAGCUCUAAGAAGGGUACAUCGGCGGAACGUCGCUCGGCAAAGGAAACACUCACAGAGGAGGUGAGAAGGUGGGACGAGGAGGACAAGCAGCAUGAAGCUGUUCAGGCUGCCGAGCUUGCCGAGGUCAGACAAGGCGGCGAUGGAGAGCACGCCAAGCAUUUGUACUCUAGUGCGGCGCGCAAGGAACCUGACGGGUUUCUGCGGAGAUCGGAGUCGAGUGCGCGCACGGCGCAAGAGACCGAUUUGGAGAUGCAAGCUGCGAAAGAGGGUCAGGCGGCUUCUGGACCGGAAAUAGAGGGGGCAGCAGAACGGAAAGAAGCAGCGACAUCUUCUGUAGAGUCCUCAUCCUCGCUCUCGCAAAAGGAAGCGAAUGCCAAUGUCGUCGGUUGGGAUGGAUCGAGGGACCCGGCUAAUCCUAGAAAUUGGAGCCUUCAUAGACGAUGGGCCGUCAUCGUCAUCGUAUCCACCUACACCUUCUUAUCUCCUCUGAGCAGCAGCAUGGUAGCGCCAGCGCUACCCCUAAUAGCUUCCCAGCUGUCCAUCACCUCUUCGGUAUCCCAGAGUCUCGUCCUCAGCGUUUUCGUCUUGGCAUACGCCAUAGGUCCCUUGUUCCUCGCGCCGCUCUCGGAAAUGUUUGGAAGGAAGCUGGUGCUGCAAUUCUCCAACGCUUUCUUCAUCGCCCUGACGGUCGCCUGUGCAGUGGCUCCUUCCGCCUCAUCCCUGACAGCCUUCAGGUUCUUGGCUGGUCUUGGAGGCUCGGCCCCUUUGGUCAUUGGUGGAGGAGUCAUUGGAGAUCUGAUGGCUCCGGAUGAGAGAGGCACUGCCAUGUCCGUCUACUCUCUAGGUCCCCUCCUCGGUCCGUGCGUCGGACCACUGGUUGGCGGAUGGAUCGUACAGGAAGUGGAAUCUCACAAUUCUUGGAGGUGGAUAUUCGGUGCAGCUGCCAUCGCCGCCGCUUGCGUCGCCACCGUGGGCCUCUUCGUCCUGCCAGAGACUUAUGCACCUCGCAUUCUUGCGGACAAGGCGAAGAGACUGCGAAAAGAGACGGGAAACUCGGAAUUGAGAACAAUUUUUGAGAAGGAGGACGAGCCGUGGUAUACGCGCAUGCGCAGACACUUGGUGCGGCCGUUCAUCUUCAUCGGCACGCAGCCGGCCGUUCAACUGCUAUCGCUCUACAUGCUAAUCAUUUACGGCAUCAUGUACCUACUAUUGACGACUUGGAACGAGACGUAUACGCAACGCUACGGUCAGAGCGUAGGCAUCGCCUCUCUAAACUACAUUGCUCUGGCCAUCGGUUUCACUCUGGGCGGUCAGAUCAGUGGCAGAGCGGUGGACAGAAUCUAUCGUCGCUUGCGAGACCGAGCGGGAGGCAAAGGAGCGCCAGAGAUGAAGAUUCCCGUCAUGAUGUUCGCAGGGCCUCUAGCGCCUGCCGGGUUGCUGAUCUACGGCUGGUCAGCAGAGUACAGGGUGCACUGGAUCGUUCCCGACAUUGGUGGUCUCAUCUUUGCCAUUGGCAUGCUCGCAACCUUUACGCCCAUCCAAUCCUACAUCGUCGACAGCUACACCCUGUACGCUGCCAGCGCCAUUGGAGCAGUAGCGUUCCUGAGAUCUCUGGCAGGCUUUGGUUUCCCCCUCUUCGCUCCUACCAUGUACGCCAAGCUCGGCUUGGGUUGGGGAAACACCAUCCUAGCUCUAGUCCUUGCCCUCAGCCAAAAGCCCAUACUGCGCUACCCCACAAGGAUGAGACGGGGAUGGUUCCGUGAGCCCCAUCGAAACUGCGAUCACGCAACUUAGACGACUCCAUCCAUGUACUCCUAGACUGUUUCAUACUUUUGCAGUGCGUUCAGAAAAUUGCCAUCAUCAUCGACCACGCAAGCUGAUGACCUCUCCCGAGCAUCUUGUCCCGAUGCAUGCCCAUGAGCCGGGCGAGUCUGAGUCUUGAGUGGACCGUCGUCGGGUCUUUAUUAUCGGUAUCCAGCAGCGCUGGCUUGAGGGUACGAUAAACGUUCGAGAUUGGACUCCCGACUGCUCUUCGGCAGGCCCGCGCCAACGCAGCUUCAUCGAGCACAUCAGCACGCUCCCACUGCACCU